UCAAACACACAAGUAAUUCAGCUACAAGCAUAAACCGCCAUAACCACCUCCUUCUAUCUAUCUCCCAUACACUUCUUCCUGCUUCCUUGUUUACAUUUUUUCUUCAAUGGCAAUUCCAGUGAUCGACUUCUCGAAGCUCAAUGGCGAGGAGAGAGCCAAGACGAUGGCUCAGAUCGCUAAUGGAUGCGAAGAGUGGGGAUUUUUCCAGCUGGUAAACCAUGGAAUUCCUGAGGAGCUUUUGGAGAGGGUGAAGAAGGUGUGCUCCGAGUUUUAUAAGCUGGAAAGGGAGGAAGGUUUCAAGGACUCGAGGCCAAUCAGGUUGCUGAACGAGUUGGUGGAAAAGAAGAGCGGCGACAAGUUGGAGAAUGUGGACUGGGAGGAUGUCAUCACUCUCGUAGACGAUAACGAGUGGCCCUCUAAAACCCCGGGAUUCAAGGAAACCAUGGCGGAGUACCGCAAAGAACUGAAGAAACUGGCGGAGAAGGUGAUGGAAGUAAUGGACGAAAACCUGGGCUUACCAAAGGGGUACAUCAAGAAGGCAUUCAACGAUGGAGAAGGAGACAACGCCUUCUUCGGCACCAAGGUGAGCCACUAUCCACCAUGCCCUCAUUCUGAGCUCCUGAAUGGUCUGCGAGCCCACACCGACGCUGGCGGCGUCAUCCUGCUCUUCCAGGAUGACAAGGUGAAAGGCCUCCAAAUCCUCAAAGAUGGGGAAUGGAUUGACGUCCAACCACUGCCAAACUCCAUAGUCAUCAACACUGGAGAUCAGAUUGAGGUUCUAAGCAAUGGCAUAUACAAGAGUGUGUUGCACAGGGUUAUGACCAGCCCAGAUGGGAACAGAAGAUCAAUUGCCUCGUUCUACAAUCCCCCUCUCAAAGCCACCAUAGCACCUGCACCCCAACUUGUGGAAAAAGCUAACCAAGAUGAUCUAGAGAUGGUUCAAGCUUACCCCAAGUUUGUGUUUGGUGACUACAUGUCUGUGUAUGCUGAGCAGAAGUUCCUCCCAAAGGAACCAAGGUUCCACGCUGUGGGGGCUAUGUAAGUACUACACAGCAAGAUGCAUGGGUGUUUUGCAUAUGGAGGAGACAAACCAGUCAAUUUUCUUCUCUUAUUUUUUUGGGUCUGGCCAGGGUUAGUAAUUAAUAUAUAUAGGGUGGUAGUGAUUGAAAAAAUUUUGCCAAAUGGCGAAAGGCAACUGGCCUGUCUUUCUCUCAAACUAGACAGAGGAGGAUGGAGCUGAAGUUGGGUAUGAGCGUGUUUGAUUUAGUACUGUUUUGUUUUGUUGUGUAAUUUUGAGUUUGCUAUGUAAUGUUGGUGGGAUGUGUGCCACGUAUAAUGUACUCCUUAUGAGGAGUAUUUUGCUUUGUACAUUAUUAUCAUCAAUGUUAUUGUUAAUUAAUUAAGAGUGUUCUCUAUC